UCAAAAGCAGGAAAGGGUUAACCAAAGUAAAUGGUAUGUCAUUUUCUAACCUUUAUUCCAUCAAGCAACGCAAUCAUCAACCACUAGUCCACUACUUAAACACAUGAUGAUGAUCACUAAACCUUCACAUUCAUUGAGGAGGUUAUCUCUAUCUUACUUUGAAAAAAUGGUUUCAACUUCUCCACCGAAGGAAGUUCAAUCCAACGGCAAAUGGGCAGAAGGAGAUCCCGCUCGCCGAGCCAAAUGGUGGUACUCAACUUUUCACACUGUCACGGCCAUGAUAGGUGCAGGCGUCCUCAGCCUGCCCUAUGCCAUGGCUUACCUGGGAUGGGGUCCAGGAACAAUGGUUUUGGUGUUAUCUUGGUGCAUGACCUUGAAUACAAUGUGGCAGAUGAUACAACUCCAUGAGUGUGUCCCUGGAACUCGAUUUGACCGAUACAUUGACCUUGGUCGAUAUGCUUUUGGACCAAAACUUGGAGGAUGGAUUGUGCUGCCUCAGCAGCUGGUUGUUCAAGUUGGAUGUGACAUUGUGUACAUGGUUACCGGAGGGAAGUGCCUCAAAAAGUUCAUGGAGAUAGCCUGUUCCAGCUGCACACAGCUCAGGCAGUCUUACUGGAUCUUGAUUUUUGGUGGCAUCCAUUUCUUCCUGUCUCAGCUUCCCAAUUUCAAUUCAGUUGCUGGUGUGUCAUUAGCUGCAGCAAUCAUGUCUCUAAGUUACUCAACCAUAGCCUGGGCGGGCAGUCUGAGUCAUGGUCAGAUCGAUAAUGUCAGCUAUGAGUACAAGAACACGAGUCCAACUGAUUUCAUGUUUCGAGUCUUUAAUGCACUGGGUCAAAUUUCAUUUGCAUUUGCUGGCCAUGCAGUUGCCCUUGAAAUCCAGGCCACAAUUCCAUCCACUCCGGAAAGGCCUUCAAAAAUCCCCAUGUGGAAAGGUGCGGUUGGAGCCUAUUUCAUAAAUGCUAUAUGCUAUUUCCCUGUAGCCAUGAUAGGGUACUGGGCAUUCGGGCAAGAUGUUGAUGAUAACGUGCUCAUGGCUCUCAAGAAACCUGCAUGGCUCAUUGCCUCUGCAAACUUGAUGGUGGUUGUUCAUGUUAUUGGAAGCUACCAGGUUUAUGCUAUGCCUGUGUUUGACUUGCUGGAGAGGAUGAUCAUGAAAAGGCUGAACUUCCCACCAGGAAUUGCACUGAGACUCAUAACUCGAUCUGGUUAUGUAGAUAGUAACUUCAACUACUGUCUGCUAAUGAUUGAAACCUGCCUGCCUGUUGGAAUCCUUGCAGCGUUCACCCUGUUCGUAGGAGUUACUUUCCCUUUCUUCGGAGAUCUUCUGGGCUUCUUUGGUGGAUUUGGUUUCGCUCCCACUUCAUAUUUUCUUCCCAGCAUAAUUUGGUUGAUCAUCAAGAAACCAAAGAGAUUCGGCCUCAAAUGGUUCACCAACUGGAGCUGCAUAUUCAUUGGACUGUUCAUCAUGAUGGCAUCAGCAAUUGGUGGCUUAAGGAAUAUCAUCACUGAUGCUUCAACAUAUAGUUUUUACGCAUGACUGUAAUCAAACUCAAUUAGCAGAGACUUGCUUUUCCUAGUGAUUUAUUAUCUUGUAAGGUUAUGCAUUUAUCUUGAGCAAGCAGUAGCAUAUAAAGAUGGAAACAAUAUUCCAAAUGUACCUUUACCCAAUUUCUCUUCAAACUUCAAUUCCCUCUCAUCAGUUCUCUUUGAAUGUGGAAUUGCAAGCAAAUGAAAGAAAGUGUUUGAAGACAA